AUGCGGUGUCAGGAUCCCCGCCAGUGUGGUCAGAAGCUGAUCCGCAGGCAGCCCCUGGAGCCCAGGGAGGAGCCUGAGAUUCUUUUAUCCCGUCAUCUGAACAUCUUCCACCUGGUGGUCUUGGGUGUGGGCAGCACCCUGGGGGUUGGAGUGUACAUCGUGGUUGGAGAGGUGGCCCUGUUCGUCGCUGGACCAGCGAUCAUCAUCUCCUUGGUGGCCGCCCUGUCUUCUGUGUUGUCUGGGCUCUGCUAUGCUGAGUUUGGGACACGGAUAAAGUGGACCAGUUCUGCAUAUCAUUAUAGCUACAUCAGCGUGGGAGAACUGUGGGCCUUCAUCGCUGGCUGGAACCUCAUACUGUCCUAUGUCUUUGCCACUGCAAGUGUGUCCAAGGCCUGGAGCUACACCUUUGAUGGCCUGAUCGGGAAACACAUCUCUCAGGCAUUACAGAGAGCCUUCUCUCAGUAUAUGCCUGACUACCUGGCCCGGUACCCAGACUUUAUUGCCCUGGCCGUGGUGCUGCUGCUUACAGGGGCACUUACUCUGGGAGCUCGUGAGUCACUUCUGGUUACCAGAGUGUUCACAGGCAUCAACGUCUUGGUUCUCAUCUUCAUCAUCCUCUCUGGCUUCUUUAAGGGAGACCUGCACAACUGGAAGCUCACAGAACAGGACUACACAUCCAUCACACCUGGAUCGGGUGGCAUUUCUAGCUUGGGUCCUCUGGGUUUUGGAGGAUUUGUGCCAUUUGGUCUUGAUGGAAUUCUCCGUGGAGCAGUGAUAUGUUUCUAUGCACUUGUUGGUUUCGAUGCCAUUGUCACUAAAGAGGGAGAAGCACUAAACCCUCGUCGUUCCAUCCCCUGGAGCAUCUUGAUCACGAUCUUCAUCUGCUUUCUGGCGUACUCUGGUGUCUCAGCAGCACUCACCCUCAUGGUGCCCUACUACCAGAUUCACCCUGAGAGCCCCUUGCCACAGGCUUUUCUCUACAUUGGGUGGGACGUUGCCAGAUAUGUCAUGGCUGUUACCACCCUCUGUGCUCUUACAUCCAGGCUCCAGAGCAUAUUCUUCCCCAUACCCCAGAUGAUCACGGAUAUGGCACGUGAUGGGCUCCUUUUCCGGGGACUUGCCCGUGUCUUUGCUCACACAAGAACCCCCAUCAUGGCCAUCAUGUCUUCUGGAAAUCUUGCAGGGCUCUUGGCAUUGCUCUUCAAGUUCAGUGACCUUGUGGACCUCAUGUCAAUUGGGAAUCUGCUAGUUUACUCCCUGGUGUCUUUCUCUGUGCUUGUCCUCAGGUACCAACCAGAACAGACUUUAAGCAAGAAGGAGGAAAUUGAUAUUUCAAAACAUGAAGCAAGUCCUUCAGAACCAGUACCUGAAGCAAGAACCUCAAGGAUUCUGAAGACUCUGUGGUUCCCUCCCAGCACCAUCCCCACUCUGAAAUCUGGCCAGAUUGUCUAUGGAUGUACCUCCCUGCUUGUUCUCCUGCUGACCAUCCUGAGUGUGAUCCUGGCCCAGUGGCCCAGCCAGGUGUUCUCUGGAGACCCCGGGCUCACAACAGUGGCUGUGCUGCUGCUGCUGCUCAUCACUGGGGUCACGGUCAUCAUCUGGAGGCAGCUCCAGGACCCAUUUCCUGAGUACUUCAAGGUCCCUGCUCUGCCUGUCCUCCCACUGGUGAGCAUCUUUGUGAAUGUUUACUUGAUGAAGCUGAUGACCCCGAGGACUUGGACCCAAUUUGGAAUCUGGAAUGCAAUUGGAUUUCUCAUAUACUUUGGCUAUGGGAUCCGACACAGCCUGGCAGGGAGCAAUCAUCAAUAGCCACCAGCCUCCACCUCCCAGACUUGA